GAAAAAUCGGAUAAACCAACGAAACCACGACUGGCUCCAACCAAAAAUAAGCUAAAAGAUGAGAAUGAUGUUGCCCCAACUGCAAAACGUAGCCGACAUACACUUGGUGAGCACAAUUUCGACGGUGACCAUAAUCUUAGUUUUGCAACACCCCGCCGAAAUGAUGCUGUUAAUCAGCUAUUGAAUCGGCCGCAAGUUCUUGUGCAACGCCCUGACUUACCGGAAAUAAACAUGCAAGCUGUUUCCGAAACAUUAAAAUCGAAAAACAUCAAUCCAUCACCGUUGCGAUUUGGUUUUCUUGGUUUGGGUAUUAUGGGAGGCGGUAUUGUAAAGAAUUUAUUGAACUCAGGUCACAAGGUAGUCGUGUGGAAUCGUACGUUGGAAAAAUGUCGUAAAUUUGAAGAGGCUGGAGCAGAAAUAAUGCCAACUCCGUGUGAUGUGGUGGACAACGUUGAUAUCACGUUCUCAUGUGUUUCGGAUCCAUGGGUUGCUAAAGAGAUGGUGUUCGGGAAUUGUGGCGUUUUAUCGUCAAGUUCAAUGAUUGAUGGUAAGGGCUAUGUAGAAAUGACGAGCAUAGACGCAGAAACUUCGCAAGAUAUUGCAACCAGCAUCAUUCAGAAAGGUGGCCGUUACCUGGAAGCUCAGAUCCAAGGUUCCAAAAACCAAGCUGAAGAGGGUACUUUGAUAAUUUUGGCCGCGGGCGAACAAACGCUUUUCGAAGAAUGUCAGACUUGCUUUGAAGCAAUGGGGAAAAAUUCAUUUUAUCUUGGAGAUGUCGGCAAUGCGUCAAAAAUGAAUCUGAUCCUACAAAUGUUGGCUGGUGUUUCUAUUGCAGCUGUUGCCGAGGCACUGUCAUUGGCAAGUAAAGCUGGUUUGCAACAGAAAGACGUACUCGAAGUAUUGGAGUUGACAAACAUUUCAUCAAAUUUAAUGCUUGAGAAAGGCAAUGCAAUGAUAAACGGUAAUUUUGCAACAAAACAACCGUUGGGUCACAUUCAAAAAGACCUUCGUUUAGCAAUAGCAAUGUCCGAAAUGUGUGACCACCCCAUACCAAUUACAGCAACAACAAAUGAGAUUUACAAACAUGCAAAACGUACCGGUUACUCAGAGCACGAUUCGAGCUCAGUUUACAUACGAUCAAAAUUUUAACGAAGAGCAUCAUACAAUAAAGAAACAUUUUUUGUAUUAAUUCAAAAAUCAAGACUAUGAUCGAUAGGUUGUCUCUGAUUAUAAUGCACUGGACUUUGUAUUUGGAAUGUCUCCGAAUAAAGCAUUAAAUCUGAAAGAAGCAUCUAUGGAAGAAAAGAAUAAUUGUUUUAAUUACAUCAUAUUGAAAAUCAAUUCAAACUUCAUUUCAGUUAUGGUGAAAGGUGAAUUUCCAACGCAUCAACCACUUUCACAUAUGCAGAAAGAUCUUCGACUAGCAUUGGGUAUGUCGGAAGCUCUGGAUCACCCACUGCCAAUCACAGCAACUAUAAACGAGAUUUACAAGCAAGCAAAACGUACUGGUUACUCAGAACACGAUUCAAGUGCAAUCUACUUGAAGUCAAAGUUUUAGAACUUUGAAUAUGCGUAAAUAACAAUGGGACGUUUUCAUUAUUAGUUCAUAAGCUUUUUUCAAAUUUUCCAUACUUUUUUUUCAUUUCAAAAUUUGAAAUUUUAAAACUAUCAUUUUUUCUUCAGUUGACAAUAAUAAUACAAUCAAUCAGAGAACCGAAAUUCAUUAUUUUCGGAGUGAAAUAAGAUAUAAGAACCGCCGAUUUUCGAAUAGCUUAUUGUUGUUACACGACGCGACUACAUACAGCGAUUGUAAGUCGAAAAAUAUUCAAGACAAACUAGAAUCAUCUUACGUUGGAAAAAGUGCGUUACAGUUAUUACAUUUCUUAUAAUCUGAUGCUCUUUCAUACUGUUUGUGUUUCCAACGAUUAUUUGAGAAAUCUUUAAGAAAAGAAUUCAACGUAUUAAAAAAAAGUGGCAACGAACGUUUGCGGUUUGAAUACCGUUUUAUUUCACGUUCUUUUUGUAGAAAUCUGAAUUCGUUUAAUAUAACAAUCGUUAGAGUUUUAGAAGCAAAUUAUCAAAAUGACCUUGGAAAAAAGGAGUGAAUCAGUUACAGGUGUAAAUUGAAGGAUAAUCGUACCAAGUUUUCCGAACCUGAGAUAACAAAAAAGAAUUGAUAUAGCUUCACAAUGGUAAACGAAAUAUUUUAGUUCAUCUUUUGACUAAAAUUUGUUUGGAUCGAGAGAAAAUGGGAAAUUGUCAGUAGAAGAAUAAAUUUUUCAUGUAACCAAUUCAUAACGAAAAUAAAAUAUAUGUAAAAUUCACAGAAA